UCUACGUUGCGAGGUUAACACCUGAAAGGCAUUCGAUUUCUUUUGGCUGACCCGAACGACAUUUCAGGUGAUCUUGGAAGCCAUAGCUGGGUUCAGGUUGAAUCGUAUCGGAACUGAUCUGCCGAGGAAGAAUUGUGCAGAGAGGGACGAAAACGGCGACGAGAAUGAUCACUGACGGAGUUGAAGACGAAGAGAAGUGGCUUGCUGCUGGGAUCGCCGGUCUCCAGCAGAAUGCCUUCUACAUGCACCGAUCUCUGGACUCCAACAAUCUCAAAGAUGCCUUGAAGUAUUCUGCGCAGAUGCUGUCUGAGCUACGGACUUCGAAGCUUUCCCCUCAUAAAUACUACGACUUAUACAUGCGAGCGUUUGACGAGUUGAGGAAGCUAGAAAUUUUCUUUAUGGAGGAGACGAAGCGGGGUUGCUCAAUAAUCGACUUGUACGAACUUGUGCAGCAUGCUGGCAACAUAUUGCCCAGACUGUACCUUCUUUGUACUGUGGGAUCGGUGUAUAUCAAGUCCAAGGAGGCUCCUGCAAAAGAUAUUCUUAAAGAUCUGGUUGAGAUGUGCCGCGGUAUUCAGCAUCCCUUACGUGGGUUAUUUUUAAGGAGUUAUCUUUCUCAAGUCAGUAGGGAUAAGCUACCUGAUAUUGGUUCAGAAUAUGAAGGAGAUGCAGACACUGUGAACGAUGCAGUUGAAUUUGUACUCCAAAAUUUCACAGAAAUGAACAAACUUUGGGUACGAAUGCAGCAUCAGGGACCUGCCCGGGACAAGGAGAAACGGGAGAAGGAAAGGAGCGAGCUACGUGAUCUUGUUGGAAAGAAUCUGCAUAUUCUCAGUCAGGUGGAGGGUGUUGACCUUGAUAUGUACAAGGAUAUUGUACUUCCUAGAGUCUUAGAGCAGGUUGUUAAUUGUAAAGAUGAAAUUGCUCAAUUUUAUUUGAUGGAAUGCAUUAUUCAAGUAUUUCCUGAUGAGUAUCACUUACAAACCCUGGAUAUUUUGUUGGGUGCCUGCCCCCAACUUCAGCCAUCUGUUGAUAUCAAGACUGUGUUGUCCCAAUUAAUGGAGAGGCUUUCAAAUUAUGCUGCUUCAAGUGCAGAAGUGUUACCAGAAUUCUUGCAAGUCGAAGCUUUCUCAAAACUGAGCAAAGCCAUUGGGAAGGUGAUAGAAGCACAGGCUGAUAUGCCUACAGUGGGAGUUGUAACUUUAUACUCAGCACUUCUCACAUUUACACUUCAUGUUCAUCCAGAUCGUCUUGAUUAUGCAGAUCUUGUUUUGGGAGCAUGUGUGAAGAAACUCUCUGGUAAAGGGAAAAUUGAAGACAGCAAGGCAACAAAGCAGAUUGUUGCCCUUUUGAGUGCGCCAUUGGAAAAAUAUAAUGACAUUGUCACUACAUUGAAGCUAUCAAACUAUUCACAUGUCUUGGAGUACCUUGAUGGUGAAACGAUCAAAGUGAUGGCAACAGUUAUUGUACAAAGCAUAACAAAGAAUAAAACUCAAAUAUCUACUGCCGAAAAUGUUGAGGCAUUAUUUGAAUUGAUAAGAGGGCUUAUCAAGGAUUUAGAUGGAUCUCCUCCUGAUGAGGUUGAUGAAGAUGAUUUCAAGGAGGAGCAAAGUUCUGUUGCUCGUCUUAUUCAGAUGUUGUAUAAUGAUGACCCAGAUGAAAUGUUUAAGAUAAUCUGUACUGUCAAGAAGCAUAUCCUGACUGGAGGAAUAAAGCGUCUGCCAUUUACCGUUCCUGCCCUUGUUUUUUCAUCUCUCAAGUUGGUUAGGCAAUUGCAAGGCCAGGAAGAAAAUCCUUUUGGAGAUGAGACAGCAACUAACCCGAAGAAAAUUUUUCAGCUAUUAACUCAGACCAUUGAGAGCCUUUCAAGUGUUCCAGCCCCAGAAUUGGCGUUUCGGUUGUAUCUACAAUGUGCUGAGGCUGCAAAUGAUUGUGAUUUAGAACCUGUUGCUUACGAAUUUUUUACCCAAGCAUACAUUCUUUAUGAAGAAGAAAUUUCAGAUUCAAAAGCUCAAGUUACUGCAUUACAUUUAAUAAUAGGCACUCUUCAGAAGAUGCACGUUUUUGGUGUUGAAAACAGGGAUACUUUAACCCACAAAGCCACUGGGUACUCCGCAAAGCUUUUAAAAAAGUCUGAUCAAUGCCGAGCUGUUUAUGCUUGCUCGCAUCUCUUCUGGCUUGAUGAUCAUGAUAAUAUGAAGGAUGGUGAGAGGGUGAUGCUUUGCCUAAAGCGUGCAUUAAGAAUAGCAAAUGCUGCUCAGCAAAUGUCGAAUGCAACAAGGGGUAGCACCGGGCCAGUGUCGCUUUUCAUUGAGAUACUGAACAAAUACUUGUAUUUUUUCGAGAAGGGCAACCCGCAGAUCACGGUAGCUACCAUCCAGGGCCUAAUUGAAUUGAUCACAACUGAAAUGCAAAGCGACACUACUAGUCCAGAUUCAUCGGCAGAUGCAUUCUUUGCCAGCACUCUCCGGUACAUUGAGUUCCAAAAGCAGAAAGGUGGUGCAGUGGGUGAGAAAUACGAGCCCAUAAAAGUGUAGCAACUUAAAUUUGAUUGUUGCCGAGAUCGACGGCAUUACGACCAGUUUCUCACCAUAUAUAUAGGUUGAGGGUUAAUUCAGUCUGGUUUUUUUUAUCUGAAGGAACCAGUUAGCUGGAUUCUUUUCGUUCCGUUUCCAGUUAGCGUCUUGCUUCUUUGUUACACUAAAUGUCCCAAGAUUCUAGUUAAAGAGUAAAAGCUUCCUUGUUCUGUAGGAUGUGAGACAAUAGUAAGAAAUGACUUUCAUCACUUCUCUAUUCUGUAAUGUGAGACUGAUACACACUUGGCGUGCUCGUCCGACCCGUCAAGGCAUUUGUGCAUAUUUUUGAACUAAGCUUCGGUUUCGACUUCAGUCAACACUAUAAUAAAUUCCAGACUGGUCUACGUUUUGGAAA